AACUGUGACCUCACACAGGCCUGAAGCACAGGGCACCUGCCUCUCUUCUUGACUCAUGGGUGACCACUUGGGGACCAAAAUGAACAUCCUAUCCAGGAGGGCCUAGCAGAUGCUUCGAAGAUUCUGGAGAAGUCGAGUGACAUGCAACUUCACGGAGUUAAGUGAAAGUCCGUGUGCCUGGCCUUGAGGGAUGGCCAGCCUGAGGCCCGGCCGACCUACCUGCAUCAGGGCAGCGUUCAGUGCAGCUGGCUUCCGGAAGUGGCAGAGACAUGCUCGCCAUCGCCUUCAGGUCAACUCCAGAAGGAACCUCAUGGACUUUGCUGAAGGCAUCUGGAGAGAGUUUUUAGAUCCUUAUGAUGGUGACUCAGAAGAUACCCCGGGUCAUUCCACCUACCGCAACUCCCGCCAGCGUGCCUACCGCCUCCUGGGUGACAGGAACCGCAACGCACCUUCCUACACACUGAGGUUCAAGAUUGGUGAGGAGGCCAGUGUGGAAGACUCGCUCCCACCAAAGGCUCCAGAUCUCACCAUGAAAACUUCUGGCUGGACCCCCAUAGCCCUGGAAGUCAAUGAUGUCGACAUGCAGCCUGAGGGGGAACUAAAGGCACUCAGCCCCCAGGAAGUCAGUGGGUGGCCUGCCAGGCUGUCUCCAUCACCAGAGGACUGGAGGAUGGCAAGGGCUGCCAGCCCCCUCAAUCCUGUGGAGACCCCCGAGAUGAGCAGACACCUGCCCAGCAGAGCGAGAGCAACACGGCCACCUCCCCGACUUGGGGGCGAGAGAGACAAGGGACCCAGGCUGAUGCUGUCCAAGAGGAAGCUGGAGCUUUUACUUUCGGAGCCUGAGAGAACUAAGAGAAAGAAGAAGUACGUGGCCCACUCAGCCCAGGCCGGGUUAGCGCAGGAUAGGGGCGUGGGGCCAGCACAGAGCCAGGACUCACUCCAAACCAAUAGUGAUGAGCGGUAA